AUGUGCAGUCCAAUGUUUAGACACACUUUGCCACUAUCAAAUAAUCCAUUUGCUUCCCCACAAAAUAAAAUAUCAAAAGGUAUUCUAAAGGCAGCUCAGUUUAAUAUUAAAACCAACAAUACCACCUCGACACCGUUUGUAUUAAAGCCCAGUCAACUUAAUCCCGUUAAGAAUUCUAGUAAUAAGACCAAUAGUAAAAAAUCAGUUAAUAAUUAUACAAGAGUAAAUGGAGACAUGCCUAUGGUAGUACCUAGAAAACUAACACAAAAAGUUGCAGAAACAAUACCUCAACAUGUUAAAACCAAAAUUUCUAGUAAUUCUUUUGUAUUCGGACAGAACUUAAAAAAAAUGAGUGACAGAAACUGA